GUAGCGAACAAAGUGAGGCGAGGCAGCCGAAGCGUUUGUUUGAGGUGGAAAGUGGAGUGGAGUGGAGUCAUCUUUCGCUGUAAGCAAAAAGUCCGUUCCGCCGAUUCGAUCUUCUCGUAGAGGCGGCUGGAUCCAUCUAGUUACUUCAUACGCAUCUCCACCACCCCCAAAGAACGGCCUUCCUUUCUUAUUUGUCCUCCUCUGUCCCCUCCCUCUUUCCCUUCUUCCUCUUCGUCUAUCCGGGACAGGGCAGGCAGCCUCGCUGAACCAAUUUCAAUAACGCCGACGGCAGAGCAGGAGGAGGAGCGAGCAUGGCUUCAUUAGUCAUAAACCCUAACUGCAUCCGUAAUGGGUCCUACAGGGUCGUUGGCACCCCAAACCAGAAGCUGCUCGCCGCCGCCUUCCGGCCGGGCAUCGUCCGCUGCUCAGCUGCGCAGUCCCGGCCGGUCUACUACCCAUCGCACAUUCCGGAUCCCAACUAUGUUCGCAUAUUCGAUACUACCCUCCGCGAUGGGGAGCAGUCGCCCGGCGCCACCAUGACCAGCAAGGAGAAGCUCGACAUCGCUAGGCAGCUCUCCCGGCUUGGCGUCGACAUCAUAGAAGCUGGUUUCCCAAUUGCCUCUAAGGAUGAUUUCGAAGCCGUCCGAACCAUUGCCCGUGAGGUCGGUAACGCAGUCACCGACGAUGGCUACGUUCCGGUAAUCUGCGGCCUGGCGCGCUGCAACAGGCCGGACAUCGAGGCAUCCUGGGACGCCGUCCGCCAUGCUCUCCGCCCGCGCGUCCAUGUCUUCAUCGCUACGAGCGACAUCCACCUCAAGUACAAGCUCAAAAAGACGAGGGAGGAGGUGGUGGACAUCGCCAGGAAUAUGGUUGCUUUCGCAAGGAGCCUUGGGUGCGAGGACGUCGAGUUUAGCCCCGAAGAUGCGGGAAGAUCUGAUAGGGAGUUUCUUUAUCUUGUCCUUGGUGAGGUCAUCAAGGCUGGGGCAACGACCCUUAACAUUCCUGACACAGUUGGCUACAAUUUGCCCAAUGAAUUUGGAAAGCUGAUCUCUGAUAUUAAGAGCAACACCCCUGCAAUUGACAAUGUGAUUAUUUCUACUCAUUGCCAAAACGAUCUUGGCCUGGCCACAGCAAACACCUUAGCGGGUGCUUAUGCUGGAGCAAGGCAAUUAGAGGUUACUAUUAAUGGAAUUGGUGAACGAGCUGGGAAUGCUUCACUUGAAGAGGUGGUUAUGACCUUAAGAUGCCGAGGUAAAGAACAGUUGGGAGGACUUUAUACUGGGAUCAACACCAAACACAUCACUAUGGCUAGCAAGAUGGUUAUGCAAUAUUCUGGUCUGACUGUUCAACCUCAUAAGGCAAUUGUUGGGGCCAAUGCUUUCGCUCAUGAAAGUGGAAUUCACCAGGAUGGAAUGCUGAAACACAAAGGUACAUAUGAAAUAAUGUCCCCUGAAGACAUUGGACUGUCUCGAUCUGAUGAAUCUGGUAUUGUUCUGGGAAAGCUUAGUGGGCGUCAUGCUUUGAGGUCUAAACUUAUACAGCUUGGUAUAGAAUUAGAUGGGAAAGAAUUGGAUGAUGUCUUCUGGCGUUUCAAAACUGUGGCUGAGAAGAAGAAGCAUCUAAGUGAUGAAGAUAUAGAAGCAUUAGUUUCUGAUGAAAUCUUCCAGCCUCAAACAAUUUGGUCUCUGGAGAAUGUACAGGUUACUUGUGGAACCUUGGGUCUUUCAACAGGAACUGUUAAAUUAGUUGGACCUGAUGGUGCAAGACAUGUAGCAUGUGCAGUUGGCACAGGCCCUGUAGAUGCAGCAUAUAAAGCUAUUGAUAGCAUUGUACAGGUGCCGGUAACACUUCUAGAAUACGGUCUAAAUUCUGUCACCGAGGGUAUUGAUGCAAUAGCCCAUACACGGGUAGUUAUACGUGGGGAGAACAGCCAUACGGCUACACAUGCCUUAACUGGGGAAACAAUCCAUCGCACUUUCAGUGGUUCAGGAGCUGAGAUGGAUGUUGUUGUAUCUAGUGUUCGGGCAUAUGUGAGUGCUCUGAACAAGAUGCUAGGUUUCAAGUCUGCUUCAUCGAAAAAGACAUUGAACAGCAGCCAAGAAAUUGUUGGGAAGGUAUAACCAACAUGCAUGCUGAUUAUUCGAUGUGUAGGAUCUUACGAAAUGAUGUAAGGUUGUGGUCUAGCUUGUCUAGCACACAAUUUUGUUCCGAGGUCAUAAGUUGUUUCCACUCCCAUCAUUGUAAUGUUUAUUGGAUGGCAUGCUAAAUGUAGUAUUAGUUGAAUUGGUGUUGCUUAUUUGGUGUAUUUGACUGUGCAGGAUUGAUCUGCACUAGGCUGUACAUCUAGGAAUAACCUGCCUCCCUCUAUACCAGUUUGAGUGUUAUUUAUUUAUGGGAGAAUUGACAUCUUUAUCAAAUUUACUUCUGUUGUUUC